AUGGCAAUGAAGACACAGAGACCUGGACUAUUUCAAAAUACGUUUCCUUGCGUGGAACGUCAAGAAACAGAAGAUUUGCCCGAUAGUAUCGUUCACAAAGUAAAUACACUCGUGAGAUGCCUGCAGAAAUGUUGUGCGAUCGAGAGCGUCAUAGGCGACGUAAAAGACGUUAUGUACAUCCUGGAAGAAUGUCCUCCAAGUCCCACGUCGGAGAGACUUCAAACUUUGUCCUUCGUUCUAAAAGAAAUAACCAAAAACCUUGCUUGCUGUAACCAAAGUUUAGAAGGUGAAGGAACGUUUUGCUGCAAAUGCGCGCAGUUGUACAAUACCAUCUGCGAGGAGUGGGCUCUUCAGCAGUCGAUAUCGGGCGCCAGUAAGGACGAGUCCAGCGACGAGGAAAUAAAAUCCAAGUACUCGAAGAGCGGACCGUUUGCAGACGCCGACAGAGAUUACGCUAGGACUUAUCCAGAGGACUGGAAACGAUUCCAAGUGCCAACCAGCAUCCGGGCGUCGCAGCUCAGUCGCGUCAUGGAUUAUUAUUCCGACAAUGCACGAUCCAGUGACGAGGAUAAAAGCGUAGGUAUCGAUGGCAGCUUGCAACGAUCAGGUGAUCCGAGGCCAGCGAUGGAACGUUCAGCUCGUGGUGUAAGUGCGAGACGUCGAGCAGGACCUGGAGUGCCCUUGAAAAAAGCAGAGCUGGGAGUAGAGAGUCGAAGAUCGGAUAAAUUCGACGGGGAUUUAACGAAGACGUUGGACAAGGACGAAGAAGGAUCUGCUGGAAAAAUGAGGAAAAUUAAAAGGGUCACGGGAAAGGACCCUAAUUGGCGUCAGCGUGAAGUUGACGAGGUCUCGGGGAGUCUCAGAGACACGGAUGAAAGUGGAGCUGCUCGAUCGCGAACAAGGGGGAGGGGAACAGCGGGGAAGAGAUAUGACAGAAAUCGCAAAUCUGCCGAUGACGAAGAAUUCGAGAUCGAUGAUUUCUGGCGACGCAAGAAGAAAUCCAGUCGAGGGAAGAAAGAUCAGAAUGGUAAGGUGCUUGAGGAACCUGGAAGACGGAAGAAGCUUUACAGGAACGCCGUCACGGAUAGUCAAACGGAGGAACGUGUCGGGAAGAUGGACGACACCGAGGACGAAGGGAGAACGGCCGGCCAACGAGGCAGAAAGAAAUCCCGAAGAGGAAAGGACGACGGAACGGAAGAAAUGGCGGAUACAAGCGAGAGCAAAGGGACACGAGGGCGAAGGAAGAAAAACUCAGAUGCGUUUGACAGCAGAAGGAAGGGGACGUCUUCCGACGACCUUGAUGAAGAAGAAACUGCCCUUAAGGGUGAUGGAAAGCGGAGAGGUCGCUCGAGCGGAGAACGAGAAGGAACUGAUUCUGACUUAAUGAGAAAACGUAAAGGCGGUAAGGCACGCGGUACGAGCGCGGCGGAUAAAUCAACGCUUGAUUCAGAGAGCCACGGUAAGAAGGAGACGAACAGGGUUAGCAAGAAGAAGGAACGCCGACUGCUGGAUUCGAGUAGAACGGACGACGAUUACAGCAAGAUAAAUGGUUCUCGUUAUCGCAAAAGGAACGCGAGAGCUAAGGGGCUACACGAUGUCGAAACUGACCAUCGGAGCUCGAUCGAGUACCAAUUAUCAGACCAGCACUUCGUGGAGCAGGGCUGGACCGUACUGCCGAUUGCCAAAACCAUGAGGAAAAUCGUCCAGUACCAAGCAAAGCCAGCGAAACCUCAUCUGAACUGGUUCAAGAAGCACGGAUACGAUGGGAAAGUGUAUUACAACGAUGGCUCCGCCGUUUUCCUCAAUUUCCGUACCGAUGGAUCUGGACAAGUGUUUUAUCCAAAUGGGGAAUUGGCUAUCGAUGUCUGCGGACUGGAUCAUCGAAAAUACGAUAUGUGUACUGUGUUCACCCCAGGAGGCAAGGAUUCCAUGGGUGUGACGAGAAGAUCGCAAAUUGUUGCAAUGUUCGACACCACGGGCAGCGGUGCUGUCUUCGAUCAGGACGGCGCGACGAGGCUGUCCUACAAUCAGAUUGGAGGAAUUUGGAGGGAUAAUCCGGCAGGACCGCCGCUGACGUGGAAGUGGGACAUCGACGAAAAGGAGUCGAUAGUCAAGAUUGUGUACGAGGAGAAGCCAGCUGCGCACUUGGAGAAACUCUUGCGCCCUGCACUAAGGUCUGCGUUAAAGAGACACGACCUUCAGGAUUAUCCUGAUGAACGUUGUCACCUGAAAGCGAUUUGCAUGAAGUUAACCGAUUACGUCAGCUUGAGGAUCCUGAAUCGAAGGAACAUCAAUCUUCAGUUUCUUGCUAAUGGAAAGAGUAUUAGAAUUGAAUUGGGCACGAUUUUGGAUUUCAACAAGGAAGUGGGGUCGUAUUUCGUGGACACCAGUUCCAAAGACGCUGUGUUGGGAUGGAAUUUCGACAAAUUGUUGUCAUCCGAGCUAGAAGCGGACAGUAGUUUAUACAAGUUAGCCAACGAAUUGCGCGAAGUUAAGAAAGCGGCCAGACAACGUAAACUCAUGAUCGCCAAGUAUAAACCGUACUUGCAUUCGUGGAAAUCAUUGAAAACUCGAUGUCGUCCGUGGUAACUGGAGU